AUCCUUAUAACCCCUUUAUCUCUUUCGGUCUGGUUCUUCAAUAUCAGUACAGCAGAGCAAGGGAAGGUUCGAGUGAGUAUGGCGUCUUCAUUAUCAGCUCAAUUUGUUCAUUGUCAGAACUCACUUCCACGGGCUCAGGGUAAUUUGAGCCGAGAUGUGUCAAAGGUUCAAAGGCCAGGUGUUGUCUGUUGCGUUACAGGGUCACGGCUUGGUUACGGUAAAACAUUGGCAUCUAGGUCACACUAUGCCUUGAGGUUCCCUGUGAGGCAACAAUCUGAAGCAAGGUCAAUUAGAUACAGGAGCAUGACAUGUGUCAACGCCACAGACAAUGCUCUAGAGCUUCAAGCCAAGGUGACAACCAAGUGUUUCUUUGACGUAGAAGUUGGGGGUGAGGCUGCUGGCAGAAUUGUUUUGGGCCUAUUUGGAGAUGAUGUUCCCAAAACAGCUGAAAAUUUCCGUGCUUUGUGCACAGGUGAGAAAGGAUAUGGUUACAAAGGAAGCUCCUUCCAUCGUAUAAUCAAAGAUUUCAUGAUUCAGGGAGGAGACUUUACGGAAGGAAAUGGAACUGGUGGAAUUAGUAUCUAUGGUCCAAGUUUUAAAGAUGAGAGUUUUGCCUUGAAGCAUACUGGUCCUGGAGUUCUAAGCAUGGCAAAUGCUGGUCCUAAUACCAAUGGUAGUCAAUUUUUCAUUUGCACUGUAAAGACUCCAUGGCUAGACAAUCGUCACGUUGUUUUUGGACAUGUCAUUGAUGGCUUGGAUGUUGUGAGGACACUUGAAUCCCAGGAGACGAGUAGGUUAGAUGUCCCUCGGAAGCCUUGCAGAAUUGUUAAUUGCGGAGAACUGCCUGUAGAUGGUUGAUCCUUACCCGGAAUUACUUUACUUUUCUUCUGAUUUUCAGUUCAUUUCCCAAUGUUCUGAUUGUCUCUUAUUAGUCAUGUUAAUGGGUUUGGAUUGUCUGGUUGCUGCCUAAUUUCCCAUAUUUUGUAUGACAAGACUCUUGCUUAAUAUUUAGAACAAUAAAAUUCUCAUUUCCAUUUCUU